AUGACAGAGUGGUACGACCGUCUACUCAACUUCAUGCCGACGCAUGUCAAGGGCGCUCCGCAAGGAUGGAUUGAUGUAUCACAGCCAUCCCUUUGGUUCGCCGUCGCAUCUAUCCUGUUCAACCCCACAUUUUGGAAUGUGGUAGCUCAGAAUGAGUACCGCCGGAAGACCAUGACGCGCAUGCUGGGUGGUAAUAGGUACUUGGGUUGCUACAUCCUCGCGACUACCAUCUUCUCCCUGGGUCUCUUCCGCGAUCAUUUGUACCAGGAGGCUCUCAAGGCGCAGCCUGUGCAUACAGCAUUGCUUCAUCCGUUUGUUCGCGUCGUUGCUGGUGUCCUGUUUGUAGCAGGGAGUGUCUUUGUGCUCACAUCGAUGUGGGCACUGGGUAUUACAGGUACCUACCUCGGCGACUACUUUGGUAUCCUUAUGGACGCCAUGGUGACGGGCUUUCCUUUUAAUGUGCUCAACAACCCGAUGUACGUCGGCAGCACGCUGAACUUUAUUGCUGUGGCUUUGUGGAUGGCCCGGCCUGCUGGUCUGUUCUUGAGUGUGCUCGUCUGGAUUGUGUACAAGAUCGCAUUGCAGUAUGAAGAACCCUUUACGGCCAACAUUUACAAGGAGGCAGCCGCCAAGAAGGGAGCGCAAAAGGACCAACCAGCGCCAUCCGUGUCGAUGGCCACGUUGAAGCCCAGUGUAACUACGAAGACCGUGCCGCCUUCGAUGGACAGUGUGGACGUCACGCCCUCAUCGCAGCCUCAACCUACGCAUGCGCCCGCCAAGGCGAAAAAGAGCUCUGCUUCGACGGCCAGUACUACGACGGCGCGUCGUGCGUACAACACACGCUCACAAGCGCGCAAGCAGAUCUAA